CCUGGGAAAGUCACUGAAUCCAGCGACCAUCUCUUGCGCGAUUUUACCAAUUUCCCACGCUGGAUCCACAACGCCUUUCCACUGUGAGGGGCCUUAUCUCUCUGUCCUGUAUAUUGGCAGUGAGCGCUGCACUAUUUUUUGAUACACUUUGGCUGGUCGGUCUCGCUGGGCUUUGGAACAAAAAAGGGGAGCUUGGUCCCCUUCCUUCCUGCCUUGUCGAGAUCGGCGCCACAAACCACAUACACUGCGCUUCGUUGGUAGCCAGAGGGCUCAGCGUCGCGUUCGCUCUUAUACGAAGAGCCGUUUUGGUCGCUAUGGAAAAUAGCAAGAUGGCUCUUGCAGCGCCUGAGGUAGUCUCCCAUCCAAAAAAAUCCCAUCUUAAAACCUCUCUACAAAGUUCUGACACAAACCCUUCUUGCACCGAAUCUCCUGCGGCAUCGUCACAUUCUUGCGAUUCAUGCAACUCUUCCAGUUCGCCGCCGAAUAACACGGAUGAGACUACCGGAAGCGAUCACUAUGACGAGUCCGCAGAGUCCGGGACUGAUUCUGAGUCUUAUGCGAACGUGACGGCGGCCCAAACGGUUCAAUCGGUCGAUUGGGCGACAAAUGCCAGCCCAAGGCAGUUGAGGACGCCGUCUCCGGCCAUUUACUACCCGGAAGCGGUGUCCUGUAACUCAUCACUGCCCAUGAACGAUGGUGCGCCGCGGUCACAAGAACAGAAUGGGAAGCAGACCUCGCCAACUGCUACUUCCAUGCCCAGUCCGAACCGAAGUUCAACAUUUUAUACCUCUGAAGACGCAAACAUACCAUCGUCCCGGACCUUUUUGCCAUCGCCCGAUCGCACCGUACCGCCUUCGGUGGCAUCAAGUCCUCAGUACAUCGAAGACUUCAUAAUGGCCGAGUUCAAAACUCCGGAAAGUGACGCUGCGCCGCUAAAUGUGGAUCUCCUUGAUCUGGUGACCGUAUGUCAACCAACCGAAGUCAACCCAUACUCGGAAACAGCCGAGCGGCCAGAUCCCGACAACCAACUGAUCUCACAGUUCUCCAUGCUGGAUCCCCAGCAAACUACAGAAGCGCUCGACUAUCUGCAGUCGCUUUGGCUCGUUGAGACCUCCGAUAACGCCCAAUCAUUCGAGGUAGCAGGUUCUUCUGCAGGAAAUGGCUCGCGAGAUUCUCCUGAGGGACCGAGUUCAGUCGACCUAGACGGAGUUUUGGCGGAUCUGAACCCCUUUUUUGAAGAAGAUGCAAUGGCUACCGACCCCGACCCAAAUCAUUUAUCCAUGGCAGAUGGCUGGCCUUGUGGUCAAGAAAGUCCUAGCUCGGAGUCUCGAACACGAUCGACAUAUAUGCACUCCCCUUCAGGGUCUACCUCGACGUACCCAGAUUCGCCUGGGCAAACAGCGGCGUGCGCCUCAGCAUCGUCUCCGCUUGGACCGCCCACACCCACGCCACCGACGAGCAUGUCGAUUAUUUCUGACGAUGAGUUGUCGGCCCUUUUCUCAGACAACGAUCCUCUCUUUGAACCUUCCGUGUCGAUGCCGUCUCCUCCGUCGGCCGCGCCCCGCCCUCCGGUUGGACAAGCUUAUGAUGUAGCUGGAAGAGUCUCGGGUUCCGUCCGCCCAAGUCACCCGACUUCGGUGAUACCAUUGUCGUCGUCAAAUGGGCCGGCUUCCAAUCCGACUUUCAACCCGUCGCCCUCCGCAAGAAUCGGUAUUCCCAUGUCCGGUUCACUUGACGCGACCGCCUAUUUGAACCAAAGCACAACGGUUCCCUCAAGCCCGUCUGUCGCAUCUGCCGCAUCUGUGCGGCUUCAUCCGUAUGCCCAAACCUUUGGCCAAGAUCGCCGCGGAAGAGUCCGUAUCCACCCUGAAAUCACGAGAUUGUUUUACCACCGCUUAAGGACGGCCGUGGUCGACCCUGAUACUGGCCGAGUCUGUUGCCCGUACCCUACCUGCGACUCCACAUUCAAAAAUGUGCAUUGUUUGCGAAGCCACUACAAAGCUCAGCAUUUGGAGGUUCCCCCUGUGCUGGCCUGUACGAAAUGCCCUGCCACGUUCACACUGAUUGCGGGAUUGCAGCGUCACGUUGAGAAUGUACACCCCUCCCCUGACGUGGUCCAACUGGCGGCUCAAUGCAAGAUGUUAUUCAACAGACUGACGCAGCUGAACGCGAGCAAACGAACCAGGGAGCUUGUAAGUCACACGGGACGACCGGACAUGAGAUUGGCUACGCCUUCAAGUAGACCCCCUUUGGCAGCUCCACUUAUACCCGAUGCCCAAAUGCACAACACGGCUGUCGUGCCUCAGCGACACGAUAAUCCCCUGUCGAUUAGUUCGAACAGAACUACCAGACCGCUGAUACAGCUUGCCCCACGUUAGAGCAGAUCGCUUCUGUAUCCGAUGUAGUUGUCAUCCCUGUUCCCGGCGGAGGUGCUGUCUCACUGCUGUAUAUAUUUGGAUUUUUCUUGUAUAUAAAAGAUCUUCGAGCCUUGAACCUUAGGCCCGCUAACCAUGGAC